UUGCUUUUUGGUUCCCUGCAGCUUAAUUACCUAUAGUGCGUCGCCAGGCCACCUUUUAUUAUGUGAAACCGUCAAUCAUUCAGACCAUCCAUGGUCUGAAAACCUCAUAUCAUCACUAAAUCAAAAUCAUGUUAGUUGUUCCACUCUCACAAUCCUCACUAAAAACAUGAUUGUCGGUGUUAGAGCAGAGCAAUAGUUGAACCAACAAGCGAAGCUAAGCUAGGAUCAUAUAUAUAUAUAUAUAUAUCAUAGAAUUGGUGUCGUCAGAGAACUUGCAGAUCAUCAGAUCAGAAUCGAAUGGGGAAUUCUCGGAAUCUUCUUCCAUUCUACAUCACAGUAUGCGUAGUUUCGUUUGUGAUCUCGAAGAUUGUGAUCGCGGUACUAUGUUAUCGCAGGUGGAAGAGAAAACAUAUGGAGGUUCAUGAUAGUUUGUCUGCCGCAGGUGGGAAGCUAGUGAUGUUCAGGACAGCGAAGAUGAAGGAAGUGAAGAGCAGCGCGUUGGUGAAGAGGACGAUGAAAUUGAGCAACAAAGACAUCAUAGGAUCCGGAGGUUACGGGACGGUGUACAGGCUGGCAAUGGGGGGAGAAUUAUCGGUGUGUUUUGCAGUGAAAAAGCUGAACAGGAUGAGUGGGGAGCAGGACAGAGGUUUCGAGAGGGAGGUGGAGGCGAUGGCGGACAUAAAACAUAGGAACAUAGUCACACUUCAUGGAUACUAUACUACUCCUCACUAUAACCUUCUCAUCUAUGAGCUUAUGCCUAAUGGGAGCUUGGAUAAACUGCUUCAUGGGAAAUGUUCAAACAAGAAGGUAUUGGAUUGGGAUACGAGAUUAAAAAUAGCUUUGGGAGCUGCAAGAGGGUUAUCGUAUUUGCACCACGAUUGCAUUCCUCACAUAAUUCAUAGAGACAUUAAGUCUAGCAAUAUAUUGUUGGAUGACAAUAUGGAAGCUCGAGUGUCUGAUUUUGGACUUGCCACUCUUAUGCAACCAGACAAGACUCAUGUUUCGACAUUAGUUGCUGGAACCUUUGGCUACUUGGCUCCUGAAUACUUUGACACUGGAAAAGCAACGGUGAAAGGAGAUGUUUAUAGUUUUGGAGUAGUCCUUUUAGAGCUUUUAACAGGAAGAAAACCGUCAGACGAAGUGUUCAUUGAAGAAGGAUCAAAGCUAGUAAGCUGGGUAAAGGCAGUUGUUGCAAGCAAGAGGGAAGAGUAUGUAGUUGAUAGCAACUUGGAAAAGUGUCCAAUAGAUGAGACAAUCCAAGUUUUUAAUGUUGCAAUGAUGUGCCUUGAAUAUGAGCCAUCCAAGAGACCAACCAUGGCUGAGGUUGUUAAGCUGCUUGAGCAAAUAAAGUUAGAUGCUUUAGUAUGAGUUGCUUAAUUGAUUCUUAAGGUGCCUGUAUAAUACAAGAAAUAACAAUAUAUAUAACUUCAUUUUUAAUGUCAUUUAAACAUAUUUGUUGA